GUUGCCCACUGCAUCCACUCGCUUCAGAUCGCUCUGUGAAGACCAUCGUCAGUACACAUUCAACCACAAGAAUCAUGAAGGUCGCUCUUUGCAUCCUGGGACUCUUUGCAGUCAUCGCAUUGGCCGCAGCGCAGGGUGGAGGUCAUGGCGGAUACGGAGGACACGGUCUCGGCGGAGGAUACGGAGGACACGGUUUCGGCGGAGGACACGGAGGACACGGUCUCGGCGGAGGAUACGGAGGAUAUGGUGGCGGAUACGGUGGAGGAUAUGGAGGAAACGGUGGCGGAUACGGUGGAGGAUAUGGAGGAAGCGGACAGGGAACUUUCGCUGGCCACCGCGCUCCCUACGGCUACAGAGGUUCCGCACGUCGCCACGUGUACGGCGGAAGAGGAUUCGGAUACAACAACUAUAAUGGCGGAUACGGACAGGGACAUUAAUAAUUAUUAUUCAGCUCACAUGUUCUUUCUAUAAGUUAAUAACUAUCUACAAAUGAUGCCAAAUUAUCAGUUCCUUGACGGCAGAAAACCAUUUAUGUAUUUGCUUUGACGUAUAUGGCGUUACAUUUGAUUAGCCGUAUAUAUUUUAGUUUAAUUUUAUAAAUUUUUAUGUUAAUUACAACUAAAAGCAAGCAUACUUUAAAAAGUAUUACACAAAACUACUAUGUGAUUAUACAUGUUCAAAAAGGCUUAUAAUAAUAAUUUAACGUGAUUAUAAAUG